AUGGCCGACGCUGCUGGCGCUGAAGAUGCCAGCGUCACCUUCCACAUCAAAUCCUCGGGUGCCCAGAAAUGGACGCUGACCCUGCCUCUGUCAACCACGACCAUCGAGCUGAAGAACAAACUCGCCGCAGAAGAAUACGCCAAUGUCCCAGCAGCGGCUCAGCGGCUGAUUUACAGCGGAAAGGUGCUGAAAGACAAUGACACCCUGGCCUCUCAUAACGUGAAAGAAGGCAACACCAUGCAUCUAGUUAAGAGCGCCGCCAGCAAUCAAAGACAGAACCCCGCUACACAAUCUUCUUCGACCUCCACUCCUGCUUCGGGAACUACAUCGCAAGGCCCGACGGGGGUACCUCAAAACCUGGCAUCAGGCACUGGAAAUGAUCCUCUGGCGGGCUUGACGGGUGCCCGGUAUGCGGGAUUUGCACAGCUGCCAAAUGCCAGCAUGUUCCAAGAAAACCUCACGCCCGAAGACUUUCUGCGCCAGUUGGAUAACCCCCACUUCCAGCAGAUGAUGCGUGAAGCCAUGGGCAAUCCCCAGGUCCAAGACAUGAUCAUCAAUCAGAAUCCGCACCUCAGAGCCAUGGGACCCCAGGCGAGACAAAUGCUCAAUUCUGACUACUUCAGAUCCAUGAUGACGAACCCUCAAAUGCUUCGGGACAUGAUGCAAAUGCAGCAACAGAUGGGGUUAGGUCCUUUCGGCGGUGCGGGCAGAGAAGGGGCCUUUCCAGCACCCGGUGUCACCAACACAACGGAACAGGGUACUACGGGCGGCAAUCCUCAAAAUCUACCAACCAACCCGUUGGGACUGCCUCCCCAAAAUCUGCCCGGUCUGCCUCCCCGGGGGGAUCAGCUGCUCGCCCUUCUACAGUCAUUGAGACAGACGACUCGAAGCCUUUCCGACGCAUUCGGCGAUCUCAAUACCAAUGCGACAGGAGCCCGAAAUGCAGAAGCCGGAUCCAACAACCAAGAAGCUGGUGGCCAACAACCGCAAAUGCCCGGGAAUCCACCAUCCCAGACGCAGCAACCUGCGAACCCAUUUGCGGCACUGUUUUUUCCGCAAGGUCCCACAACUUCACCUGGUGGGCUCAACCAGUUGAGAGAUGAGAACAACCCAUUUACUCAAAAUCCAGCGCUCAUGCAACAAAUGCUACAAGAAAUGUGGGCUAACGAAGGUGGCGGAGGUGUGGAUAAUGGCGGGCUGUUGAAUCUACUCGGUGCAGGCCGGCCAACGUCACCGCCGGACAACCGACCGCCUGAGGAGCGAUAUGCGCAGCAACUGCAGCAAUUGAACGAGAUGGGUUUCUAUGAUUUCGACCGGAAUGUUCAGGCACUGCGAAGAACUGGGGGCAAUGUGAACGGCGCAAUAGAAUACCUGCUCAGUCAUCCAGCAGACUAG